CACUCGCACUCACACACUCUCUCAUACACACACACACUCAUACAGAGGCAGUGUGAGCAGUGUAGCAGUGUGAGCUGGGGAACAGCAGCGUUUCUCUUCGGUUUAACCUGAGAGCACUUUCCCUCUCUCUCUCUCUCAGCUUCUCCUCUAACUUCUCUUUUAAUUUUUCUGUACCUCUCUCACUUUCUCUCUCUAUCACUCUUUUGUGUGUGUGUUUUGUGUGUUUAAACCGCGGACGGAUGUGAGCUGUGAAAGUCAGGCUGCUCUCUCUUUCAUCUCCUGCUUUUUUUUGCUGUAUUAUUUUUUGUUGUUGUUGAGAAGUAGUAGUAGUGGUGGUAGUAGAAGAAAAAGAAAAGGAAAAACAACCUCAAGCUCAUCUUUAUCUCCAGCCUUAUCCUCCUCCUCAUCCUCCUCAUCCUCAUCUCAGCAGCAGCAGCAGCAGCAUUAUUAGUAGGGCUGGUGGUGAAGUUGAAGAGCACUGAACGCAGGACUUUGGUGGAUGGUUCCUCUGAAAUGGACCUGAGGUUUUAUCCCCCUGCAGCAGCAGAACCUCCCUCAGCUUCAGAUCCUGCCCGGCUGGGAAACUCUCACUACUCGGACUACUGCAGCAAGUUUGACGGUGAAAACAUGUUCAUGGGUAUGCCUGAGCCCAGCGCGGACUUUGUGCCAGGGAACCAGUUCCGCGUUCCUGCGAGUCCGAAUCAGAUGCAGCAGAGCCCCAAACAGGGCGGACAGUGGAAGAGGGAGGCGGACAGCUCGAGACUGCCCUGGUCCUACCCAGUACCCGGUCUUGGAGAUGAGGAUUUUAACAUCCCGCCCAUCACCCCGCCCACUCUGCCCGAGCACGUUUUGGCUCACCUGCCCGACACAGACUCGGCGUACCACCCCCUGUGCCCACCCGUCUCUCAGAGCGGACUCCACCCCUUCCACCUGCAGGAGCUGCCCAUGUCCGUCCCCAGCAUGGUGGGCCAGGACACCAGCCUCCUCACCAACUCACUCUCAGUGAUGCAGCAGAUGGUGAACUCAGACUCGAGGUACAGCAGCCAUCCACACGUCGACCCCCUCAGACCCAGAGUCCAAUCAGGCAUGACUCCUCAGGGUCAGCUGACCACCAUCAACCAAUCACAGCUCAGUUCUCAGCUGGGUGUGAGUGGAAACGGCAGACACGGAUCUCCGUCUCCCCCGGAGAGCAAAUCGGCCACACCCUCACCAUCCAGCUCAGUGCAUGAGGACGACGCUGAAGAUGCUCUGAAGACUGGUGCUGAGAAGAGAGCUGCUUCAGAAAUGUCCAAAAAACCCAAAACCCCGAAGAAGAAGAAGAAGAAGGACCCGAACGAGCCGCAGAAACCCGUCUCCGCCUACGCCCUGUUCUUCAGAGACACACAGGCCGCCAUCAAAGGCCAGAACCCCAACGCCACCUUCGGAGAGGUGUCCAAAAUAGUGGCGUCCAUGUGGGACGGACUGGGAGAGGAGCAGAAACAGGUCUAUAAGAAGAAGACAGAAACUGCUAAGAAGGAGUAUCUGAAGCAGCUGGCAGCGUACAGGGCCAGCCUCGUCUCUCAGAGCUAUAAUGACCCCAGCGAUGUGAAAGUGUCCCAGGCCUCCCAGAUGUUGGGUCCGAAGCCCCCAGUGUUCCCAGGAGCCGGCCAGUCCCACCCAGGCCUUUACAUGGGCCCCCCGUACCACCAGCAACCAGGCCUGAACCCCCACCUACCACCCAGCCUGCGAGGGUGCCCCCCUCGGACCAGCGCCCCCAUGCCCGGCUCUGUGGGCAUGAGCGGCAUGGCCACUACCCCCCCACCCCUGCAGAUCAGCCCCCCCCUACACCAGCACCUCGGCCUGCACCAGCAGCAGCAGCAGAUCAGCAGCCACACGCUGCAGCUGCACUCACCGUCUAUGGCACAGGGCUUUCCUCUCCAGGCUGAAUAUCAGAGUAUGAUAAACGUCUCCUCUGCUGGACCGGGCCUGUCCCCCUCCAUGGACUACCGCACCGGCUGCAGAACCGGACCCGGACAGGGGGGUCUGGACUGGACCCCGGAUUACUGCGGCAACGGCGCCCUCCAGAGGGAUAAAGGCUUGUACCUGACCUGAUUGAGACCAUCUUCACUUCCUGCAGCUUCACAGGACCAAGGCAGUUCCACUCCAACUGUCCACCUCCUGCCUACCCGUUCAGGCCAAACACACACGUAACACACACCUCAGAGCUGCACGCGUGUGUGUGUUUGCGUGUCGCUCUUCAGCCAGACCCUGUUUUUACACUCAGAGAGGUCCCAAAACGUUUCUCAGACAUUGUGAACGUUAAGGACGGGUGUUAAGCAUGAAAAUGUCACCAAAAUUAGGAUUAAAUAAAAAAAAUAAAAAAUUAAAUUGCUUUAAAUACAAUCAUACAGGUUUAAUACCCCCCACGACCACAGUCCCUGUUUCCUCUUAUAGUGGUGGUCCUAAUUAUAGAACAAGACACAAUAAGGCAUCUCCUAAAGUGUGUGAGACGAGUGAAGCGAACCGAAGCGAGGUUAACCUGCGAGAAGUUAAACCGCCUGUGAGCACUUACCGUCGAGCAACUCACCUACCCAAAAAACCAAAUACGCAAAAAUUAGGAAGAUCAAUUUUUAAAAAAUAUAUACACAUAUAGAGACAGUGUGGACGACUCUCUUAUGUCGCCCCACCCACACACUCUCUAUCUCUAUCUUUCUCUCUCUUUUUCUCUUUCCUCAAAUAACAGUGGUGAUUUUUAGGUUUUGUGAGCCCUUUAGAAUUUAUUUUUAUUUCUACAUAAUUUUCACACAAGUCCUAUAGUUGGAUAAGGGGAGUCAAAUCAAACAAAUGCAAGAAAAAUAUUAGAUUUGCUCAUUCAGUUAUAAAAGAUCACUACUGCGUAUCUGGGAGUGAUAAAUGUAUGUGGACGUUUUUUUUUUUUUUUAACUCCGCCCACAUUUCUAUUGGAUCAAGAUCCAUUAUGUGGUAGAACGAUAUGUGUUCUUAGGGUCAUUGUCUUGUUGCAUGACCAACAUUCUCUUGAGAUUCAGCCAGCCCUCCUGGCCCAGAUGCAGUAAAACAGGCAGAAACUCUAAUACUACCUCCACCAUGUUUCACAGAUAUGAUAAGGUUUAAAUUCUGGAAUGCAGGGUUUUUCUUUCUCCAAACAUAACACAUAAUUAGCCAAUGUGAGAAAGGCCUUAAGUUGCUUAGAAGUUACAUGAAUUUUCUUUUUGAUAGACUUGAUAGAUCUCUGCUGUCUUUUAAUAAAAAAGGCUCCACCCACUCACACCUGAUUAUUGUCCCAGUGAUUCAUAUACUAAUUCAUAUACUUUAACCACUCAAAAAAAAUGUGAUACUGAAUCAUUUUCCUCACUAUAUUAAUGAACAAUGAAGUCUCAUUUGCUUGAUUUGGUUCUCCUCAUCUACUUUUAGGAUAUAUGUGAAAUCUGAUUAAGUUUUUUGUCAAAUUAAUUUAAAAAUAUAGAAAAUUCUAAAGGGUUCACAAAAUUUCAAGCACCAAUCUCUCUCUCUCUCUCUCUCUCUCUCUCUCUCUCUCUCUCUCUCUGUUCUGCUCUUUGCUAGUGAACUGCCUUAGAAACUGAAACUGAACUGUUGUAUAAGUAUAAAAGUGGUCGUUCAGAGGCAUCGCCAUUAAACCAUGUUAUCGGCUUCGGUAGCCCCGAGAUUUCCAGCUGUAAAUAGAAUCUGUGUGAUUAUUAUUUACUCCUAGAGUAUAAAAACUGAAUCUUUUGUGUUUUUUAUUUUUAUUUUCCAACGUAAUUCCAACUGGACCGUUCCGGUUCACUUUUAGAGAUAAAACUACAUAAAUACAUACAAAUACAUACAUAAAAAUGGAGAACUAACAUAUUUUCUUGGAUUCUUGAUGGAAUUUCCCAGCCAGAAUAGAUUUGAACAGUAAAUGCUGACUUUUUUUCCUGAUUUUAAUUAAAAAAAAAACCUCGUAGCAUGAAACGAGUUCCGGAAAAAACGAAGCGAAUUUAAGAUAAAUGAAAUACAGUAAAUACGAUUAUUUUGUACGACGCAAAAAUACUACUUCUACUUCUUUUGUAUCACGUCUGCCACGCUGCUGAUGAACGCAGUCAGUCAUCCCGGCCGUGUGUGUGGAAGUGUCGGAAGCUUGUGCGGUGUUAAUUGGACGCAGUGGCAGAUUGGAUUGGGCUGUAUAACCCCGGCAUAUGGCUGAUCAGCUCCUGCUCCUCUACACUGUGUCUAUAUCAGAUCUUUUUAUGGUACUUGUUUGCGCCUAUUUAUGAGAUAAUAAAGUAACUGUAGGUGUUUUUAAGUAAUUCUGUUAGCGAUUCUGGGAUGUUUUUUCUGUUCAUUUGUUUUUGUUUCCUGUUUUAUUUUUUUUGGCAGAAUUGAUCCAGGCGAUAAUGUGAAUAAUUCUUAUUUAGUUUUUAUUGUGUUUGAAGAAUAAAGGCAACCCUGCAUUUUUUUGUGCAGUAAUCAA